UUCCAAAUUAUACCAAAAACAGCCAUGAAUGACUCCUGGAGCGGUCAAAGCAGCAACAUUAACCCGGCACCGAUUAGCCGGUACGAGGCGCAGAAGAGGAGGGACUGGAACACGUUCGGGCAGUAUCUGAAGAAUCAUCGGCCGCCGGUUUCCCUCUCUGAGUUCAAUUGCAGCCACGUGGUGGAAUUCAUGAGAUACCUCGACCAGUUCGGGAAGACUAAGGUUCACAUGCAUGGCUGCCCCUUCUUCGGGCAGCCCGAACCCCCCGCGCCCUGCACCUGCCCGCUGAGGCAGGCGUGGGGCAGCCUGGACGCCCUCAUCGGGCGCCUGAGGGCCGCCUACGACGAGAACGGCGGAUCUCCCGAGUCCAACCCCUUCGGAAAUGGAGCGAUUCGAGUGUAUCUGCGCGAGGUCAAGGACUGCCAGUCCAAGGCCAGAGGGAUUCCUUUUAAUAAUAAGAAGAAGAAGAAAAGGAGAAAAUUGAAUGAAAGCAAUCCCGAGCUGCCCGCUUGAAUCAAACAAGGACCAGAUUCACAUAGCAAGUUGUAGUGGAUGGAGCAACAAGGUUGAGAGAAUAACCAACAUUUUGAAGUUAGUAAAACUGCUAGAUCAAGAGCUUUUUUACAUACUAAAGUUUAAUAUACUAAAAAGCAUGUUUGGUAGGGUAGAUAACUAUCUAGAGGAGUUAUCUACCCUACCAAACAUGUGCUAAGUAUACAUAUGUUGUAGUUUAGUGAUAUUGAAGUACCAUUCGAAUUAUUGGUGGUUUCAUCUUUCAAGCUUACAAGAUCGAUAUGUCUAGUUUGAAGUGAAUGUCCUAGUCCUCACAAUCGAGGGGUUUGUGUUUGUUGUAUUGAAUCAUGGAAAAUUUUCAUACAGAGUAUUGUACAAGAUUCUCCUCCAGAUUGUGUAAUAGAUUCCAUUUGAAAUUUCGUAUUUUUGGUUUUUGAUAAUAGUAUAAUUUUUUUCAUUCA